UUUUUUUGGAAACCGAAACUGGACGGGCUACAGUUCCGCGCAGCGUAAAACCAUAAAUAAGGUUUUGUUUAGUUUUUUUAACAAGGAAAGUGAAAUUUACAGGCUUCAGGGAGAAACUAGUGCUCGCGAUCAUUAAACCAAGCAACAACAAAAAAACAAUUGGAAAGGAAAACGAAGAGCCCUAGCGCCCCAGUCACUGGCCCCAGCCGACGCACGGACGCACGCCCCCUAUCCCGAGUGUUUUGCGAGGACUGCAGGCACAGGUCACCUUGGACGGCAGAUCAGUGAGAUCAGUUGACUCGCGCAGACUUCUGUUUGAGGUUCGUUGGAGAGCAACGCCUGUCAAGUGAUCAAGGAUGGCUGGCCACUUUACCUACCUGAGCCCUGAGCUGCAGAAGGAGCUGAAGGCCACAGCCGAGGCCAUCGUUGCUCCUGGGAAGGGCAUCCUGGCUGCUGAUGAGAGCACUUCCACGAUGGGCAAGCGCCUGCAGGGCAUCGGUGUGGAGAACACUGAGGAGAACCGGCGCCAGUACCGGCAGCUGCUGUUCACGAGCGGAGAAGCGAUGAACAGCGCAAUCAGCGGGGUGAUCCUGUUCCACGAGACACUUUACCAGCAGGCAGACAACGGCACCCCCUUCGUCAAGAUGCUCGAGAACCGGGGCAUCAUCCCGGGCAUCAAGGUGGACAAGGGUGUCGUGCCCCUGCUCGGCACCGACGAGGAGAGCACCACCCAAGGCUUGGACGAUCUGGCCAAGCGUUGCGCGCAGUACCGCAAGGAUGGCUGCCGCUUUGCCAAGUGGCGCUGUGUGCUGAAGAUUCGCCCCCACUGCCCUUCGGCUCUGUCCAUUCUGGAGAAUGCCAACGUGCUCGCUCGCUACGCCUCCUGCUGCCAGCAGAGCGGCAUUGUGCCAAUUGUCGAGCCCGAGGUGCUCCCGGACGGCGACCACGACCUGGACAGGGCCCAGAAGGUGACUGAGCAGGUCCUGGCGGCGGUGUACAAGGCCCUCAACGACCACCACGUCUACCUGGAGGGCACCCUGCUCAAGCCCAACAUGGUCACCGCAGGCCAGAGCUGCCCCAAGAAGUACACCCCGGCUGACGUUGCCCGGGCCACCGUCACCACCCUGCAGAGGACCGUGCCGGCCGCCGUGCCCGGCAUCACCUUCCUGUCCGGCGGGCAGUCCGAGGAGGAGGCCUCCGUGAACCUGGACGCCAUCAACAAAUACCCAGGCAAGAAGCCCUGGGCCCUGACCUUCAGCUACGGCCGUGCGCUGCAGGCGAGCGCCCUCAAGGCCUGGGCCGGCCAGGCGGGCAGCAUCAAGAACGGCCAGGAGGAGUUCCUCAAGAGGGCCAAGGCCAACCAUUUGGCUUGCCAAGGAAAGUAUGUUGCUGGUUCCAUCGACAGCCUGGCUGCCGAUCGCUCCAACUUCGUCCCCACCCACUCCUACUAGUUGGCCGUGCCCUGCCAUCGAGUAGUAUCGGUGGCCAAGGUUUUUUUUUGUUUCCCAGUACCCUUUCCCCAGCUUCACUGGCCACUGGCAUUUUGUUCCUUUUGGCUGCGAAUUACCCAGUCUUUGGUGCAUUGUUUUCCUUCACUUGAUUUUUUCUAGUAAUUAAACGCAUGAAUGUAGUUGUAACUGUUAGAUUCCUUUCUGCAUGUUACCCUAGCAACUGUUGCAUGCCUUAUGCAGUUAAGUGCCAUGGCUACCAUUGUUUGAUUGUACCCUAUGCUUCCUUUAUUUUUAUGCAUGUAUCUCGUUUACACCAAUUGUUACUUGUGCGAAGCACGAAUGAUCAAAGUCCAAGCCAUGUUAAUGCUCCCAAAUUUUCUCGAUUUUUCUCUGGCAAAUGUCACCUUCAAUGAAGUCUCUAUUUUUGUACAGGUCUUAGCAGAACAAUUCUAUUUUCUUUUAUAUCGUGGACAUGUUUCAAGUUUUGGAAGUGUUCAGAAAGGCCAGGUUUCUUUGUACUUGUUUGACAGUUCUUGUAGUCGCCCAUUACACGAGAACCGCUUGCACAGAGUGCCGUGUUUUCGACGUUGUCCGCAGGCCUGCAGUGACGCUGCACUCGGGAAGUACAGCGGCGGCGUUUCUGGGGCUGCAGCUUCGGAGAUCCUCUUUAUCAAAAACCACGAGUACUAAGCUCGACCCAAGGAUCCCAGGCUUGCAUAGAUGUAGGAGUCCCACGUAGCACUGUUACACCUGCAGAUUUCUUCCUGCGUGGCUUAGCCAACCCCUUAAAUGUUUGCUCCUUCCCCAAACUGCUUAGCCGCGAGAAACAUUGGAUGUCUGGUGCAAAUAAAAUUGUUACUACGUUGAA